GGCGCCGGGCGGCGUGGAGGGGCCUGAGCCGCUUCCUCCUCCUCCUCCUCCUCCUCCUCGCCCGGGGGGCGCGCGCGCGGGGGGGGGCAGGCGGCGGCGCGUGCUGGCGGCGGCGGGGGCGCGCGCGGGCUCGGUCGCGGCGGCGGCGCAGCGGGGGGAUUGUUUGCGCCGCCGCUCGGGGAAGCGGAGCGCCAGGAACGCUCCCCGCCGCGCCCCCCCGCACUCCUCCUCCUCCCCGCGCCCCGCCGCCGCCGUUCUCACGCCGGGCACCCACCCCGGAGCCAAUAUUCCCGAGAUCAAGCGCUACGCGGCGGCGGCGGCGGGGCCGGCGGCGGGGCCCGGGGCGGUCGUCGGGGCCGGCGGAGACCGCAGCGAGGCCGCCGCCGCCGCCGCCAUGGAAGCGCUGGGACCCGGGCCCCCAGCCAGCCUAUUCCAGCCCCCGCGCCGCCCCGGCCUGGGAACCGUGGGGAAACCCAUCCGCCUCCUGGCCAACCACUUCCAGGUGCAGAUCCCCAAGAUCGAUGUCUAUCACUACGAUGUCGAUAUCAAACCAGAAAAACGCCCCCGGAGAGUGAACAGAGAGGUGGUGGAUACUAUGGUGAGACACUUCAAGAUGCAGAUAUUUGGUGAUCGGCAGCCCGGAUACGAUGGCAAACGGAACAUGUACACUGCGCACCCGUUACCUAUUGGCCGGGACAGAGUGGAUAUGGAGGUGACGCUUCCAGGAGAGGGGAAGGACCAGACGUUCAAAGUGUCCAUUCAGUGGGUGUCUGUCGUCAGCCUCCAGCUGCUGCUGGAAGCUCUGGCCGGGCACUUGAACGAAGUUCCUGAGGAUUCCGUGCAGGCGCUGGACGUGAUCACACGGCACCUGCCCUCCAUGAGGUACACUCCCGUGGGUCGCUCCUUCUUCUCCCCCCCCGAAGGUUAUUACCACCCCCUGGGCGGUGGCAGGGAGGUCUGGUUUGGUUUCCACCAGUCGGUCAGACCCGCCAUGUGGAACAUGAUGCUCAACAUUGAUGUGUCAGCAACUGCUUUCUAUCGUGCCCAGCCUAUCAUUGAGUUCAUGUGUGAGGUCUUGGACAUUCAGAACAUCAAUGAACAAACCAAGCCUCUUACAGACUCCCAGCGUGUCAAGUUUACCAAAGAAAUCAGAGGUCUAAAAGUAGAGGUUACCCAUUGUGGCCAGAUGAAGAGAAAAUACCGGGUUUGCAAUGUUACUCGGAGACCAGCCAGUCAUCAGACGUUUCCUCUGCAGCUGGAAAAUGGGCAGGCUAUGGAGUGCACAGUAGCUCAAUAUUUUAAGCAGAAGUACAGUCUGCAGCUAAAAUAUCCGCACCUUCCCUGUCUCCAAGUAGGACAGGAACAGAAACACACAUACUUACCGCUUGAGGUGUGUAACAUCGUGGCUGGCCAGAGGUGCAUCAAGAAGCUGACGGACAAUCAGACGUCCACUAUGAUCAAAGCAACUGCGAGAUCCGCGCCCGACCGACAGGAAGAAAUCAGCAGACUAGUGAAAAGCAACAGUAUGGUUGGUGGACCUGAUCCGUAUCUGAAGGAGUUUGGCAUCGUUGUCCAUAACGAAAUGACGGAGUUGACAGGCAGAGUUUUGCCAGCACCGAUGCUGCAAUAUGGAGGCAGGAACAAGACUGUGGCCACACCAAACCAAGGUGUGUGGGACAUGAGAGGGAAACAGUUCUAUGCUGGCAUCGAGAUUAAAGUUUGGGCUGUUGCCUGUUUUGCUCCUCAAAAACAAUGCAGGGAGGACUUACUAAAGAGUUUCACGGACCAGCUGCGCAAGAUCUCAAAGGACGCGGGGAUGCCCAUCCAAGGCCAGCCCUGUUUCUGCAAAUACGCCCAGGGUGCGGACAGCGUGGAGCCCAUGUUUAAACACUUAAAACUGACCUAUGUUGGUCUGCAGCUGAUUGUGGUGAUUCUACCCGGGAAGACGCCUGUGUAUGCUGAAGUAAAGCGAGUUGGUGACACUCUCCUAGGAAUGGCCACUCAGUGUGUUCAGGUAAAGAAUGUGGUAAAAACCUCACCGCAAACGCUGUCCAACCUGUGUCUGAAGAUAAAUGCAAAGCUUGGAGGAAUCAACAAUGUGCUUGUGCCUCAUCAAAGGCCCUCGGUGUUCCAGCAGCCAGUGAUCUUCCUGGGCGCGGACGUCACUCACCCUCCCGCCGGGGACGGGAAGAAGCCGUCCAUCGCCGCGGUGGUGGGCAGCAUGGACGGGCACCCCAGCCGCUACUGCGCCACGGUCCGCGUGCAGACGUCGCGCCAGGAGACCUCCCAGGAGCUGCUCUACAGCCAGGAGGUCAUACAGGACCUGACCAACAUGGUGCGAGAGUUGCUCAUCCAGUUCUACAAAUCCACUCGCUUCAAGCCCACGAGGAUCAUUUACUACAGAGGAGGAGUAUCAGAAGGACAGAUGAAGCAGGUAGCUUGGCCAGAACUCAUAGCAAUCCGGAAGGCCUGUAUUAGUUUGGAAGAAGAUUAUAGACCAGGAAUAACCUACAUUGUUGUGCAGAAAAGGCAUCACACCCGACUGUUCUGUGCUGACAAAACUGAAAGGGUGGGUAAGAGUGGCAACGUACCAGCGGGCACUACUGUGGACAGCACCAUCACGCAUCCUUCUGAGUUUGACUUUUACCUCUGUAGCCACGCAGGGAUUCAGGGAACCAGCCGGCCCUCCCACUACCAGGUCUUGUGGGACGACAACUGUUUUACCGCAGACGAGCUCCAGCUGCUGACGUACCAGCUGUGUCACACCUACGUCCGCUGUACGCGGUCGGUCUCUAUUCCAGCUCCUGCCUACUACGCCCGGCUGGUGGCGUUCAGGGCCAGGUACCAUCUGGUGGACAAGGAUCAUGACAGCGCCGAAGGCAGCCACGUGUCGGGACAGAGCAACGGGCGCGAUCCUCAGGCUCUGGCGAAGGCGGUGCAGAUCCACCAUGAUACUCAGCAUACCAUGUAUUUUGCUUGAGAGCGUCCGGGGACAUGGGGCAAAACCCCCAACCCGCGCAGUCCUGAAAUGUUGCGAACGGCUCCUGCUGCAGCCGGGGCCCAGCUUGGCUCAGGCUGCCCAGUACCAGCAGCUCUGAACAGUCGCACUGAGUCUGUGCUUCACAGCGAUGUCUGAUGCACCAACACAAUUGAGCCAUUUGUUUCAUUGUUUUAUGUCAUAGAAAUUCAUAGACUUGUCUUUUCUGAUGCAUUGGACUGAAUUUUUACCUCAAAGCGCAAAAGGCCGAUCAUCCUGAAAUUUUUAAAGGACUUGGCACGAAAGGUUUCUAUUGAAUAUUUUGCUAGCUGUCAUUUUUAAGUUCUCUUCUCAUCCCAUUAGUUUAUCACGACGACUGAUUCCCCGUCUUCAUGCACUGCUUAGUGAGUAUGCGUGUUCCGGCAAAACGUUUUACUCCGGUUCAAUGUAAUUGUUCUAUUGUGUGGGGCCAUAGAUUUUUUAAUGGAGAUUUUAGACUUCACUACUGUAAAUGCCUUUUAACAAACAUAACUUUCACAGGUAUUGCAGUUUUUUGUCGGUUUUACUAAUUAUCUUUUUAAUCUCUGCAGACUUUGGCUGCAAAGCAAUUGCACUAUAUUGCGAGUUCAAAUAGGUGGUUCUUGUUCUGUGAAUGUGUAAUAUAACCAGAUGGUGAUGCCUGUCAGUAGAUUUUAAUUAUAAUGGUGACAAAUAAUACUGCCAUGGUAUCGUAACAAGUUCGGAACCAUCAUUUCCCCCUCUAAAAACGAUAAAAAACGACAAAAAAAAAUUAGCUUUUAGGUAUUUUGCAAACUUUUACAAAAGUGCCCACUUUAUGCUGCUGUGUGGUUUGAUAAAUCGAAAUGAUUUUAAAACUUUUUUCUCAUAGGAGGUUUAACUUUGGCAAUAAAUAGUUGUUUUUUAAGCCCCCCCGACAGUGUAGUUUUCUAGCUGAGGACUGUGCAUGAGUUCAACCAACGUUCUCGUGUCGUUUUCUGAACACACAAUUUGGCAGUUUCUGAAACCAAUUAGAAAAGACACGCUUCCAUGCUUUUUUUUUUAAAGAAUUCUUUUUAACUGUUUUAUAUUCACUGUUGGUUUCCUGUCUACAUGUUUUUAUAAGCUUGGAAACUGGGUGUUACAUGUAGGAAGGCUCGCCGGCCUGUACAGUCUAAAUGUGUCGUGUGACAGGCAACCUAAGGACUUGUACCAGCAUUUUAAGCUCUUUUUUCCCUUUUCCUUUGUUUUUCCCCCCCGGGAAUGGAGGUUGCGCACACAACUGCAUUGAUGUCUAACCAGUGUACAGCUCAUUUACUGAUUGCAUCCCAGCCGAGAAAUUAGGGGAUUUUUAAUCCGCUUGGCUUUUUUUAGCUGGAAUAGAGAACAGGGGCUUGGUUGCACGGAAUCCUGGAAUCCACCGACAUCGUACGUUCAGACUCGAUUCCUCGCAGUGUAAACCUGAGUUAGAGCAGAUCAAAAGCCUGUUCCUAAACCAAUUAGAGCCAACGGCGCCACUUUGGUAAGAGAAUUUGGCGAAUCUGUGCUGCCCGUGCGGGGUUUGCUGCUGGUCCAGAGUCGAGGAACCAGCCCCUCUGCAUUUCCGCAAUAUAAAAUGCUGUUUCCUUCAGUCUUUAAGCUUGUAAAUAAAUUAAAGUUUACAUUUCUAAAUGCUGGGGGUUUUUCAGUUGUACCAGAGUACACUGAACUUAGUCUUCAAACAGUUUUAUAACCUUCUAUCAAGUAGUAUGUCUCAUUAAAUUAAGUUUAAACUCUUGUUUCUUUUCUGUUGAAAACGGGACUGAAGGGAACUCUGCUCCUGGCCCGUGCUGUGGACAGGUUUAGAUUGAAAAAAAAGAAGAAAAUAUAUAUAUUCUUUUAAGUUUUCUUUUUUUUUAAAGAAUACCUCACUUGUGUAAUAAAAUCAGGACAUGUGGGUGAGAGACUGACCGCUGCUUCAGCUAGAUGGCUGCUUUUCUCAGUACUCGUUCAGGGAGAACACAAAAACCCCCUUUUUAGAAUGAACUCUGACUGACCCAACACAUACGGAGAACUUUUGGCACCUUGAAAAGGAACCGCGCGCCCUCUUUAGGUUCUAGGAUCAAAGAUCGCUAUUUUGCAUUUGUGCACUAGGCAAGAAUGUGGCUGGUUUAAACAAGGGUGCGUAAGAAGUAACUUAAUUUUAUCACCAGUUCGUUAGUUGUCCAGUGCCAAGCACUCCCAGCUCAGAUCAAGUGACGUGAGAGCCUCUCCUUUGUUUGCCUGAGUAUUUAACCUCAGACUAGGGGGCUGUUAGACCUCGACUAAGGCCAGGACCUGAGCUCAGUGUGGUGUUAACCCGCCGCGCCGCAGGGCUGUGGCUUUGGGGGCAGAACGCUCGAGUUCAGGCCCGUGACGAGGCCGAGAUCAGAGUUUGGGCAGCGCUGUCCUACGCAGGCCUGAGUCUGAGUCUGAAGGUUGGGCUGGACGAUCUGGAUUAACCCCUUGGGACCGACUGAAUCGUGAUGCAUGUGUCAAUCAAUGGGAAGAUGUGCAUUCUGUAGCUGUAGUUCUUAGGGUGUUUUGGGUUUGGUUUUGGUUUUUUUAAUAAAUAACGCCUGUUGGCCACUGUUUAGCUCUGUGGUGUGAAAGGUUUUAAAUGUAGCAAAGUUUAAAGAGUUGGGGAAGGGGGUGGUUGACGUAAGACAAAGGCAGAAAAUGCCAUUUUUCAGCCCAGUUCUGCUUGCUUUGUGACCAGCUGGGCUCUGGCCAUCGCUCGUUCGCCUCUCGCCGACCUGCCCAGCCCUAAGUACCGAUCGUAGCGCCGCAAGUACCGAUCGUAGCGCCGCAAGUACCGAUCGUAGUGCCGCAAGUACCGAUCGUAGCGCCGCAAGUACCGAUCGUAGCGCCGCAAGUACCGAUCGUAGCGCCGCAAGUACCGCAAGGGCAGGACGUGUCACACAGCACGGCUCUCGCCCCGACGCGGCGCCAGAGCCCUUUAAUCCGCGGCGACAGCUUUGCCCCUCGGGCGGGGAUACGGGCACCUUAGUUCAGAGCCAGCGUUUAACAAAACCGACCCCCAAAGUACCUUCGUGGAUGUGCUGUAGGAUUUUUCUUGCUCAAUAGCAAGGGAGUAGCUCUGCUUUCAUUUUCGGAAGGCAGGGUGGGAGGGCAUUGUAUCAAUACUGUCUCAACUGCAAGGUUUUUUCCUUGUGCACUGGAGGAAAGAUCUUGUAAUAUCACGUACAGAUUUUCUUAUACCUUGCUAUUGACAUUUUCAUAUUUCUAUGUCUAGAGGCUGAAACUUCAAUGUAAAAUGUUUGCAUUUGUUCAUUUUGACUUAUGAUGUAAUUUUCGUUUCUAUAUUGUUAGACUUGUAAUGUUUAAAAUGGUAUUUUAUUAAAUUUGGACUGGAUGUAUGUCUAUAGCAAUACGAGGUACUCUUUCUAAACUGUUAUGGGUGGGUUGCAGCCCCAUGUUGCGAUAAGAUGCUGGUUGUGUACAAUUUGCAAUGUAUUUCUUUUUUUUUUUUUAGCCUGCAGGGAUAUUUUGUGUUCAUGUGUCCAAAAAUGAGAAGAAGAAUAAUAAAAAUUGGCAUUCUUGUGCCAAAUGUUCUGUUUUUCCUCGUUGAUGUCUAUUAAAUGCAAUGUACAGAGUGAGCAACCGAUACUGUUGCCUGUAUACAAAUGUCUUAAAUUAUUUAACUUUUAAUUAAAACUUGUACACAAUGUGUAACCUGUGGAACUCAUUGCCACAACAUAUUUAUUUCUGAUGUGCAAGGAUGUGGAAGGCGCUAGAACUACGGAUAACAUCCCGUGGUACUAACGCGGGGUCGAAUUGCUGUUGGCAGAGCCUGCGCCAACCACGGGAUGUUCAUAACGGGCCUAUUUAUUUUAUUCUUUAACGUUCUCGGAAAUUCUAUAGCAAUGUCUAGAGAAAAUAUGGUGUCGAUAGACUCUGUAUCUGCCUGGGGAUGUGAUUCUAUAUUAGAGAGUCGCUAAUUAAUAAAUGGAAGAGCUGUUUGCUUUA